AUAAGUACAAUGUAAUAUCAUCCCAUCAAGUGUGCACACAAGCUGUAUGUACUGCCUCGGACCCCAAGAAACAAAGACGAUAUAUGCAGUUUCACUCCAUUUAAAAUAUAAUGCUAUUGGCGCUGGACGUUUUUGAGAUGGGAGAUUCAUGUGUGGAAAAAGAAGGGUUAUUAUCCUGAGGUGCAGGAGCUGUCUGCUAGAUGACAGGUUAGUCAGGUGGAACACCAUGCCAGGCUUAAUGCGUGUUUUCCAGACAAAGGGAGGAAUUGGACUCACUAACUCACGGGAGUUCCUGGAGGACAGGUCCUUCUCCUGGCGAAAUAGUCUGAAGUGGAACUCCGAUAGGAAGGUUGUCACAAUGAUGUCUAUGUCUGCCAUCCUGAUCGGCGUCACCGCUCACAAAAUCAGCAAAACCAUCACGUUUUUAUUGAAUGAAUCCGUGGUGUUGAGUAGGCCACCACAGGGUGGCGCCAGACCCUUGCUGCUGCUGCCCUGGCUGGGAUCUCAGCCUCGGGGGUUGGCCAAAUACUGUGACAUAUACCUGCGUAACGGCUUUGAUGUGCUCAUCGUGGAGAGCCGGGUCAGCCAGUUCCUUUGGCCGAAAUGGGGCCUUGACUAUGGCAUGAAGGUCCUGGAGGUGCUGCAGAGCGACAGGUUUGUGUGGCGCCCCCUGCUGGUGCAUGCUUUCUCAGUAGGGGGCUACAUCUUCAGCCAGCUGCUGGUCCACAUCUGCAGAAAUCCCGGCCAGUAUGACGGCCUGAUUCGCAGGCUCCGAGGGCAGGUUUACGACAGCCUGGUGAUGGGUUCCCUGGAUCGCAUGGCCGUAGGUCUGGGGAGGAGUUUGCUUCCCCAGGGGGAGAGCCUUGUGCGGGCGGCCAGCAUGCUGUACUUUCGAGCUUUCAAGAGACACACGGUAGAUUACUUUAACACCAACAUCGACAUCUUCUGGCACCGCCCCAUUCAGGCACCUGCUCUCUUCUUCUCCUCUGAGAAUGACCCAAUGUGUGACCAUCUCACGAUGAAGGAGAUGAUUGAGGACUGGCGAAAGCAAGGCAUGAGGGUGGACUGCAAGGCGUGGAAGGACUCCACCCAUGCAGGACACCUGCGAGAUCACCCUCAGGAGUACCUCUCCACGCUUCAGGAGUUCAUACAUUCUCUCAGCAUGGUUCCCCUCAAAGCCAAAAUGUGAGACCACCUGCUGAAAAUACACACUGAACCUGCGUUUUUUCCUUCAGGUAGUAACUGAUAAGUACAGGGGAAACGAUGCUAAAAUGUUCUGUUUUGUCCUAAGGCCCAUAUUUUGUUUACACUCAAUAAAGAUACACGAACAACUGGACUAUUUUCAGACUAUUUUCUGAAGUGGAUGUUUGUUUGUUUGUUUGAAUGGCAUUUUGUUUAUUUUGUAAGUAUGAUACGGUGGGGCCCUGUAUUGUAUAAGCAGUACAUGCUGACCACACAGACACACGCCUGUCUGUAGUUGUGAUACCACAGUGCUUCCUGGUUUUAUGUAUGGGCUACAGGUGAAGCUUGGAAACAUUUACUUCAUGAAAAAUUUCAAUUGUAACAAAUUGCAACUAUCAACUUGUGAUUGAUGGUAUGAUGUCAUUGAUGUGAUGUGUAAAUGAGCGAUAAAAACCCAACACACAAAUGUCACAACCAAACUUUUUUUUUGUGGAUGCCCUGUGUCGCCUAAGUAAGAUGUUACCCAAACCUGAAUCUGCCAGAUGUAACUGAAUGACCACAGACAACCACUGGUUUCAACAAAAGGACAUUUACCUGCUUUUACCGGCAUCACCUGCUUUAAAUCACAUAUUUUUUUCUACCUCAUUACCAGCCCUAAACUGCUCCUGUCCCAACUUUUAUAGGAAUGUGUUGCAGGCCUGAAAUACAGGAACGGAUGUAUAUUAACAAAGGAAAUGAAGUUGACCAGAAAAACAUGAA